UUGUGUUAUGUUGCAGGAAAGGACACACAUAGGAUUUCAUAAUGACAGGUUUGUAUCUAAACGUUUUGCAAUUGAAGUCUUGCUGUAAACAAUGUAAUUAUGUUCUUCAUGAAACAUGACAUGUACCUGUUACAAGUAAUGUAUACGCAUGACACAGAUUAUAAGUGACACACUCAAUCUUUUUAUUCAAAUAGCCAUACCAUACUCAUUAGGGCUGGGAAUUGCUAGGGACCUCACGAUAUGAUAUUAUAUAUAUAUAUAUUUAUAUUUUAGUCAUUUAGCAGACGCUCUUAUCCAGAGCGACUUACAGGAGCAAUUCGGGUUAAGUGCCUUGCUCAAGGGCACAUCAACAGAUUUUUCACCUAGUCAGCACGGGGAUUAGAACCAGCGACCUUUCGGUUACUGGCACAACGCUCUUAACCACUAAGCUACCUGCUGCCACCUGUAGAUUAUCGCGAUACAUUGAUGCCGAUACGAUAUGUAUUGGGAUUCUAUAUGUAUUGCGAUUCGAUGUUCCCAACCUAUUGCUCACCAUAUGUCUGCUGCAGAGGGACAAGAGGGAGCCAUGUGAAAACAAGUUUUGAUCACUCAUGGAAAUAAGUGCUGAAAACAAAUUGGCUCCGUAUUUAAAAAGAAGAUGGAGAACAAGCAAUGAAGGAAAAAUACUGGAGUUUUGGUGCAACUACAGCCAACUAGCGCAAAAAUAAUAUUACGAUUGUCAAAACAAUACGAUAUAUUGGCAAAAAUAAUAUCCUGACGUAACUAUAUAUAUAUAUAUAUAUAUAUAUAUAUUUUUUUAUCGCAUUAUUAUUAUAAAAAAUAAAAUAAUAAUUUAAUCACAAAUUUUCAUAGUUAAAUUGUGGCCAUAAAGAUCAACUAAUAACACUGACCACUUUCACUAUUGUGCCUCACCAUUUGUUAUAUUCCAAAAAAUUCUCAAAAUUCACUGUAUUCUCGUUUCACUGACAUCCUGUUUUCCCAUGUGUAAUCAUCCGUUUCCUGUUUUCAGAGCGGGUCAACAACUUCCCCCCGCUGCCUCAGUUCCUAAGAAUCAAGCCCUGCUUUUACCAGAAUGUGGAGGAGGAGAUCCCAGCCCUGCACCGACAGCUGGUGCGCAGGGUCUACAACCUCUGGAUGUGUGAGUUACACCAACAAUCUUUAUUGGGUCACAUAUAGGCCUACUCUGGGAACUGGACUGUGUUUCAUUCAAUGCUGAGUGAAUAUGUUAAUGUUUUGUGGUGUCUCUGCUCCUCUCUGCAGUGUAUUCAGUCACACUGUGUGUGAACGUGGUGUCAUGCAUAGCUUGGUGGGCAGGAGGUGGAAGUGCAGCCAAUUUCGGCCUUUCCCUGCUCUGGCUUCUUCUCUUCAGUCCGUGCAGCUACACAUGCUGGUUUAGACCUCUCUACAAGGCCUUUCGGUAAGGUCCACUCAACAAACGUCAAGCCAAACAUCUAUAAUUUUGCACUCCAAAUACAAUUUUCUUGACUGACUCCAUAACUCCCUUUCUCUUUCCUAGGGCUGACAGUUCCUUCAACUUCAUGGCCUUCUUCUUCAUCUUCUUCCUCCAGUGUGUUCUUGCUCUCAUUCAGACUGUGGGCAUCUCUGGUUGGGGUGCUUGGUGAGAAUGAAUAUUUUAUAUCCUCAAGUCUGGAAGGGACUGUCUAGGAUUUUGGCUGCUAUAUCUGAAUGGCUUGUGCCUCACUUACCUCAGGAAUAUAGAAAAAUCUUCACAGCUUAGCAAUAAAGAUCACCUGUAGAUUAUGUAUCAAUGCCACCUUCAUUUUACUCACUGCAGUGUCAUGCUGUGAUAGGUGAAUAACUACAGCUGAUGUAAUCCAGUAUUCAUGCCAUUGACAAAUACUAACCCCACUGCUCCACCACUCUGAUGAACCCCCAAAGUGGUUGGAUCGCGACAGUGCUGUUUUUCAGCUACAACGUGGGUUCUGCUGUAGUCAUGCUAUUCUCAGCUCUGCUCUUUACUCUGGUGACUGUGUUGAUGGGACUGGUUCUCAUCAGGGUGAGUCCAACGCGCACACACACACCUAAAAAAUGCAUGAGCACCUGGAAACACACACACAAAUCAGAAAAAUACAUAACAUUUUGACAAUUCACUCAUUGUAGGCAAGGAAAGAGAAUAAACUUUCAGGACUGUAUAACGAGUUGGUUUGUCUGCUCUGCUUCUAUCAGGUUCAUAGGAUGUACCGUGGCGGAGGGGGCAGCUUUGAGCGUGCACAGGAAGAGUGGACCAAUGGACUCUGGAAGAGCGCCCCUGUGAGAGAGGCCGGCUUCAAUGCUGUCACUGAAACUGGCCCAAGCCUACCCCAAUACCCUGCUUCUGUGCCAAGCUACCCAGACAAUGGCCCCUGGUAAAACCCUAAGUGGACUCUAGAUGGAGACAGAGCACUUUUUCCAUGGCAUGCAGGAUAGUCCACCACACCACACUUGUCCACCACAUCACACUUGUACAAUCUCACCUUGAUAAUAUAUGAAAUGCAUAGCUGGAAUUUAAGUAAGAAUGUUAAGAAAAAAAGGAUAAUCAGCUGAUUUUAUUCAGCAGUACUUCAUUUUAGAUUUAAAGAGGCCACUGUUAUAGACACUGUUUACUGGAGUGGGAAGCUUUUCCAGGAAAACUAAUCUAAGCCUUAUAUUGUUGGAAAAAUGUGUGAUGGAUAUCCAAAAUAUGAUCCAUUACAUAUGUUUAAAUAUUUUUAUUUUCUACUCUCAAAAUAUGAAUAUGUUCCCUCAUAUUUGGAAGAGCGACUGAAAUAAAAAAAAAUAUGAUUUUCAUUUGUACUUGGAGAGCUAGAAAGGGGUCUUGUAUUAUAGAUUGUUUAUAUUACAGUAGCAGAAUUAAUACUGUUCAAUAAAAUUGAUAUGUCAAAGGCUUGUGCCUUAUCUUAAAAUGUCUGAAACAGAAAAGAAGCAAGGUGAUUUCAAAGUUGUCUUUGGAUCAAUUUUGGUGGCUAUAUUCGGUGAUCAAUUCUUGCCAAUUCAAUACUGUACUGUAUGAAAUCAACAAAAGCCUUAACACUACUGGACGUGACUGAAGAUCAGGGUUCUCCUCUUGUAGCUGGAAAUAUGGAUGUUUUUACUUAGUGAUAAUGUAUUGUUUUUUUAUUGAUAUCACAAGUGUUUGUUUUUGAUACCUUUUCUUUUUACUUGAUCUUCUUUGGCUUGUUUCUGAAAACUAAACGCGCCUUAAUCGUACAUACAGUAUUUGCAUGUAAAAAAAAUAUUUGCUUGACUGUCGCCUUAAGUACUGCUACAUGUUUCAGUGUAACUAGACAAAGCCAAUGAGAAAUGUGCUUAAACACAUUUAUCACUAAUGCUAGAUUUCACAUCAAAGGAAUAUUGUAUCCUUCUUAUUCAACCUGAGCCUUUUAUUUUUCACUAAUCGGGUGCAGUGUACUGAUCUCUUCUUUCUUUGCUUUUGAUGGUCAGUGCCCUGUUGUGGAAGCACCCUUCUCUCUAGCCAGUACUCCAAAACAGCUCAUCUCUGUCAGUGUGUUCCAGGCUGGAGUCUGGCUGGGAGAGCAGCAGCCACUCAUCUUGAGUAUGUGACUUAACUUUUAUUUUCUAUUCAAGUGUUCCUCUCCAGGGUUAACUACCAUAAUGAGGUUUAUUUUUUGUUUGUUUUGUAUGGCUUGUCUGUAAUGCGUGUCAUUCUGUAGUGAAUAUUUAGACAUUCUUAAAUGCUUCAAAUGCGUUGCUGCAAUGACUCAGCCUAGAACAAACCAUCCUGAUCUUGCAAGCUUACAUUGUUUCGCUACACAGAUACUGUGUCCGUGUAUUGAAACAGAAUGUAAGCUUGCGAGAUCAGGAUGGAUCGUAUGAGGCAAGCAAUGACUCACUAACUUAAACAAUUCAGUAAAUAUUCUUAUUAAGACCGUCUGACUGGUGUUAUUCAGCUUCUCUUCCUGACAAUUAUCACAUCACGUUUUAGUGUUUAUUUCAUACUUUAAAGUAUGCAUUUAUUUUCAAUAUAAUCAAUACAGUAUAAAACUCCAUACCAAUACUGUAUUCACAGCUGUCAGUAGAUCAUAAUGGCUGGCUGGGAUAUACAACACAGACCUCAUCUGUCCAUCAUUGUGUAGUACAAAAACAAACUCCAGUGAAGUGACUGACAUUACGUCAGUUACGUCACACAUCUUACAUAAAAAAGGUCCAAUGCAGCCUUUUUAUCUCAAUGUCAAAUCAUUUCUGGGGAACAAUUAAGUACCUUACUGUGAU